AUGGUGAAAAAUAAAGAAGUGAGCAUUGAAGGAGCUCUGCAUUUGGCACAGAAGGAGGUGUAUGCUGAAAAGGAUCCCCAGGAUUUGUUAACUGGGUCCCAAUUUAACUUCAUUAUCUACAAAUACAAACACUACCGCUGGCAGAAACGGAUUCUGCAGCUGGAUUUCAGCAGCAGGACCAUUUUUAACAUCGAGAAAGGCACUAUCAGGAAGCAGUUCCCUUUCUCCCAAGUCAGAGGCUGCGAGGACUCGGAGAGGAGGCGUUUCAGCAUCCUGUUCCACGGCAGGCAGCGCUACGAGCUGGAGGCUGUGUCCCUGGAGGACAAGAGGAAGAUAAUCUACCUGCUGAGCAGAGUUAUACAGAGCAAUUCUUACAAGAGACCAGUGGAGUCCUGGCCUGGGAGAGCUGCAGAAUGUGAUGUGAUCCACGAGGGGCUGCUGGAUUUACAACAGAACACCUUAACCUCCACUGAAUGGGUGAAGCUGCGGGUCCCGCUGAGCGUGCAGAGCAGCAGCCCCGAGGCUGCGGGCAGGCUGCGCAGGGAGUGGCUGUCCCUGCUGGGGAGGCACUGCCAGCCCGGCAGCGCUGCCCCCCUGCCCCUGCAGGGCUCUGCGGGACGCAGCUCCCCCGAAGCUGACUAUGAGGAGUGUGUGGCGCCUCUGAGCGAGCAGCGAGAGGAGACUGCCCGCUGUGGAGGGGGUUCUGCAAGGAGCAGCCUGAGGAACCCUGCCGAGCCUGCGGAGGGGCAGGCAGCCCCAGCAGCAGCUCUGCCACCUGCCCUGGGCAGGGCUCAGGUGCCACCAGCCCCACCUGCCCUGCCACAGCCCUGCAGUGUCCCUCCAGCAGCCAAGAGAACCAAAGCCUUUCACUGGGAUCUCGUUCCUUGGGACAAGAUUCAAAAAUCUGUCUGGGGAUCGUGUGACCCGUGCAAGAGGAAAAUAGAUGUGUGCAGGCUGUGUGAGCAGUUCCAGAUCCAGGACACAGCAGUGCCUUCGGGCACCGAGCCUCCAGUGAAUCAGCACAUCCUGCUGGACAGAAAAGUUGCACACAACUUCAACAUUUUCCUUAAAAGUUUCCGUGUAAAACCCAGUGAGCUGAAGGACAAACUCUUCAUCAUCCACGAGGAGAGUGGGGGGCUCACAGAUGAGCAGAUUACAGCACUGAGAAGAUAUUUGCCCACACCCAAAGAUGCAGAAAGGUACCUGUCCUUCAAGGGGCCUUGCUCAGAGCUGCACGUGGUUGACCAGUUCAUGUUAGAGAUGUGUAAAAUCCCCCAGCUGGGCCAGAGGCUGGAUCUGCUGCUCAGCAUCCGUGAGCUCCCUGAGAGCAUCAGAGACCUGGAGCCUCUGAUCGCCCAGAACAUCCAAGCAAGCAAGCAGCUGCAGUCCAGCCCAAAGUUUGUGGCUGUCUUGGAGUACAUUUUAGCCAUGGGGAACCACCUGAAUGAAAAAGCUGGGAAAGAGGUGGCCAAAGGAUUCCGACUGUCCUCUCUGGCCAAACUCUCCCUGCUGAGGGGCAGGGACAGGACCUUCACCCUUCUGCACGCCCUGGUGGAGCAGAUCCUCUCACACCAGCCCGAGCUGGCCACCUUCCCCCAGGAGCUGACAGAGUUUGAAGCUGUUCCUGAUGCAUCCAUGAAGGGCCUCAGUGCUGAAGUUGAUGUUUUAAGGAAAGAGCUGGAGAACCUUAUCCAGUGCAGGAGGCUCCUCAAACCCAAAGCAAGCAAGGCAACACCCCAUGAGUCCCAGUUCUGCAAGGAGCUGAAGGAUUUAAUUCAGAAAUAUGAAGGGGAUCUCUCCCAGCUGUCAAAAAGAUGUGAGGAAAUGAAGAAGCUUUAUAGCAACGUACUGGUGAGGUUUGGGGAGCCCGCAGACCUGGACUCCCAGGAGCUCUUUGGGUGGAUCUGCUCCUUCAUCUGUGAGUUCAGGAAGGCGUGUGCUGAGCUCACACCGUGA